GACGUUCUUGACCUCGGCCGUUGCAACGCACCGACGAGUGCCGUGUCGCGUUGUCGUGCCACUGCCAGGCUCCUCCAGGCUCCUCCAGGCUCCUCCUGGAUCCUCCUGGCUCCUCCUGGCUCCUGCCCAUAAAUACAAAUAAAGACGAGCAAUCGCGGGAUAUGAGGCUUGGAAUCGGACGCUGGGUGCUCGGCCUCAAGCACACAUGGCCGCACGGCGCAGGGAGGUUUCCUCGGGACCUCGGCUCAGGAGCUGUAUUCAAAUCUGCUCCCGCUUAUUAUUCUCUAUUUUCGAGUGGCACCUCUGCUUCAGCGCAUUCCGCUCCGGCGAUCGGCGUCAUAUCUACAGUAGGUGUACAAUGCGUUUCGCAAGGCAGCCGGCGCGCUGGCCCCGAUGGUCAUGAUGUUUGUGUUAUUAGCCUCAGAUCUGAAGAUGGGACAGAGCUCAUUUCGUGCGACUUUCUCGCAACGUGGCAUGUUCCCCCCCCCCGUCGCCAUCACCUUGUCGCCACCCGAUCCCUCCCCUCCAACACUCGAAACACGGAACAAGGUCCGAGCUACAGCUGCAUGCAUACUGCCUUUGGACCCAAGACACUGCAGAAAACUAGAUUAGGGGGGGGUAUGGCACAUUACUGGUGUCGUCCGCCACCGCGCCGGCUGUCGGCCGCGCUCGUGCGUGGCAUCAAGCGCUCUACGCUCUCUACCUCGUGACGUCGAUACUUCUCCGACUCGACUCUUGCGACUCUCGCGACUCUCGCGAUUCGCGGCACUC